AUGUUCUACACACAUGUGCUUAUGAGUAAGAGAGGGCCAUUGGCCAAAAUCUGGCUUGCAGCUCACUGGGAGAAGAAACUCACAAAGGCCCAUAUAUUUGAAUGUAAUCUAGAAAUAACCAUUGAAAAAAUUCUUUCUCCUAAGGUGAAAAUUGCACUGCGAACUUCCGGACACCUUCUUUUGGGAGUUGUUCGAAUCUAUAAUAGGAAGGCAAAAUAUCUUUUGGCAGAUUGCAGUGAAGCCUUGCUUAAAAUGAAGAUGACAUUUCGCCCAGGAUUGGUUGACCUUCCAAAGGAGAGUUUUGAAGCAGCAUACAGUGCUAUCACAUUGCCUGAAGAAUUUCAUGAUUUUGACACCCAGACUAUGAAUGUUAUUGAUGUUUCAGAAUGCUGUAUUCAGAACCAAAGCAAACCAGAAGAAAUCACACUUAGAGAAGAUUAUGGCAAUGAUCUACUUUUCCACGCUGGAAGCUUUGGGGAGGAACCUGAAAUUCUCAGAAGACAUAGCUUAUUUGAUGACAACAUAUUGCUGAGUUCCAGUGGUCUUUUACUUGAACAUAGUUCUGAAAGCCCCAUUGGAGAAAAAUCUCUGUUCUGUGGCAGUGGAGAUGGAUUUGGAGAUGAAGGAGCUGCAGGAGAAAUGAUUGACAAUCUACUGCAAGAUGAUCAGAAUAUCCUGUCAGAAGAAAUGCAUUUAAAUAUAGAAAUUUCCCUGCUUCCUGAGCCUACUAAUACUGUAGUGGUAGAAUCAGAUAAUCCAAAGUGUGUGUGUUCACCUGAAAAUGAAAAAAUGGAUGAAACUACAGUAACAAAAGAAGAGGAAGAAUUUACCCUUGACCCAAUUGAUACUUCAGAUAUUGCUGAAAAAAGAAAAGGCAAAAACAGGAAAUUGCUCAUAGAUCCAGUCAAGGAGAUCAGUAGCAAAAUUAUGCAUAGACAGCUUACUUCCUUUACGGACACACUCAUGGUUUUGGAACUUGCACCUCCUACCCAAAGAUUGAUGAUGUGGAAGCAAAAGGGAGGAGCAGAUACACUUCUGUCAACUGCUGCCCAGGAUUUGACUCAUGCUAAACUGAAAAUGUUGUUUACAAAAUGCUUUGUGUCCUCUGGCUUUAAACUUGGAAGAAAAUUGAUACAGAAGGAGUCAGUAAGGGAAGAAAUGAGAAGUGAAAAUAUAGUAGAGACCUCCACGAUGGAAGAGCCAAAUUUCCUGCAAGAGUUAAGUCAACCUAAAACUUGGAAGGAAGUGACUGAUGGAUCAAAAUGUAGUUCUCAUGAGGAUACCAAUAAAAACAUUAACUCUGAUCAGGAUAUUGUUGAAAUGGUGUCUUCAGCUGCUGAGGAAUCAUCUUCAAUGAAUGCCAUCUUGGCACAGGAAAUUGAAAAUUGUCCAAUGGAAUUGGAAUCAUGGGGGAAUGAACAAAGCAUUGAAGCAGAAAGAUGGAAUUUAAGAAUACUUCAGAUGUUACAUAGUUUGCAGGAAUCCAACAAGAUGGGAAUGCAGUACUUUAGUCUGAUGAAGCUCUGCAGAAAUAGUGACCGAAAACAAACUGCUGCCAAAUUUUAUAGCUUUCUUGUCCUAAAAAAACAGCAGGCUAUUGAGCUGAGCCAGAGUGCUCCCUAUGCAGAUAUUAUAGCUACAGUGGGACCAAUGUUCCAUAAAAUGUGA